AUUCUGUUGCCUGUGAUCCCUCUUCCACUCAGGCUCCUGGACGUGCCUCGCCGCUCCGCUCCCAGCCAGCGCCAUCCGGACGGACGCAACUCCUGAGCUGACGGAUUUUAGCUGCAGAUUCGCCUCUCUAACAAUCUUCAGGCAAGAUGACGUUCUGGCAGGAGAACUACGGCUUCGUCAAGGAUGUCUAUGACUUCCGUCUCCAGAAGUACCAAGAAUGGAUGGACAACUUGGAAGCCAUUGUGUCCAAGGUGAUGGCACCUAACGUCCAGUACACCUACAAGGAAUUCAAGAACAUCCAGGAUUCCCUGACUUACCUGACCCGCGAUCUCGAGAAGGAAGGCAUGAAGGAAUGGCUCGACAUGAUGCUGGAGAAGGUGUCGAUGCGAGUGUCCGACGACACCGUGGUCAGCUCCAAGGACAAGGAGUUCAAGGCCACGGAGAAGAAGAAGCUCCAGGCUCUCAUCGACCGCCACGACAAGCUCAUGCCCCCCACGCAGGAGACGCAGGCGAAGGUGGACGUGUACGCGAGGUGCUACGCCUACGGUGACGACAUCAGCCAGACCCUGAAGACGCUGGAGGAGAUGCGUCACCUGUCCGUCAAGGAGAUCCAUCCCCACAACAUGAACAUGGUGGAGGAGCAGAUCGAGAAGGCUGAUAAGGUCAUCGCCACCGUGGAGUCCCAGCGGGAACAGUACGAGGAGCUCCUCAAGCGUGGCAAGAAGCUGCUCCAGAACCCCAACAAGGCUCCUUUCCUCACCGAGCUCAUUGAGAAGAUGGAGAACACGUGGAAGGAGGCCAACGAGAAGUCCAAGGAGAGGCACACCAUGCUCUGCAACUCCGCCAAGGACUGGGAGAAGUACGACGAGAUGCGCUCCGCCAUCAACGGCCCCAUCGAGAAGCUGGAAACCGAGUUCAAACGCUACAGGAAAUUCUACGACCCCGUCAUGGGCGCCAGGAAGCUCGCCCAGAAGCUCGAGAUCUGGGAGGAGGAGAAGAAGAAGGCCGACGAGAUGUUGGAGACCAUCAAGAAGUGCUACCAGACCAUCAUCGUCCUCGCUGGUGACGACAAGAAGGAAUUCCUGGACAAGGAGGUCGCCGACGUCGAGGAGAAGCGCACCAUCAUCGAGAAGUGCAAGGCCAAGCUCGACAAGCUCUUCGAGUACAACGAGAAGCUCACCAAGACCGUGAACCACGCCAAGGAGCUCAAGGACUGGGCCACCCCCGUGAACGCCAAGCUCGAGGAAAUCACGACCUCAGCCGACCUCAGCCCCGAGGACCGCGUGAGGGAGAUCCUCAUCCUCCAGGAGCAGGCCCAGGUCAAGUUCCCCGAGGUCGAGCCCCUGAACAAGGAAUACAAGGCCCUUCUCACAGAGGAGGACCUGGAGAAGUCCGAGACCGCCAAGAACACCAAGGCCACCUGGGACGAGUACAGGCAGUACAUCACCGAGGUCUGCGAGGCCGUGGAGAAGGAGGCCGGCUCGAUCUCACAGGACCAGCGCUUCUACGCCGAUUACCUGUGCGGCGUCAAGGAGUUCAAACCCUGGAUGGAGUCUGCCGAAUCCCACAUCAAGGAGCCCCUGCCCAAGCCCAGCAACCUCGCCGAGUGCUUGGCGCUGCUCGGUGACUGCCAGAACUUCGACACCCUCUGCGCCGACAACAAGGCAAAGCUCGACGAUGCCGGCAAGGCCCGCGAAUCCAUGGAGAAGCAGAGCAACACCGAGAACGAGGUCGUUGCUCUCGGUGGCCGCUGGGAUGAGGUCAAGAAGGCUGCCGCUGACCGCGUCGAGAAGGUCCAAGUUCUGGUCAACACCUGGCAGGACCUGCAGAAGACCACAGACGAGCUGACCUCCAAGAUGAGCGACAUCCCCAACACCGAAGACCCCAAGAUCGAGGAGCUGGAGAAGGUGUUUGCCUCCAUGAAGGAGCUGUUCGCCAAGAAGAAGGAACUCCUGACAACCGUUUAAGAGCGCACCAUCCCCCCCCCUUAAAAAAAACACGCGAGAAUUUAAUUAUAAUUAUUCCUUGACUUGUUGUUAUCACUUGAGUAUCUAUGCAUGUCCACACAAAAUGUCCGUUCUGCCGCCUGCCACCGGUGAUCGGGUUCCUUCAAGCCGGUGUCGCGGUUAGGACGAACUGAAAUACAGUUUCAUGCGGUCAGAGUGAAUGUCUUGAAGAGUGUCGAGAGUAUCAUUUAAGGUUAAACAAUUUUAUUCCUAAAAAAUAUGAAAAAAAGGAUUUUAUGUGCUGAAGGUCUUCAUGUCGUCUGUAAACUUAAAUGCUGUUAGGGAGGAUCUCCAGAAGAGCCAUCCGUGGUUGGGGGAAGCACGGCAUAGCUCCGUGUUCACCUUGCGACAAUACAUAUCCCUUAAUAUAACUGUAACAUUUUAAUCCACCUCCUUUUCUUCUUCUUCUACUUCUACUUCUUUUAUUUCUCUUUUUUUUUCGAAUUACGAGAUGGAAAAAAAAAUAUUUACAUGUAUGAGAAAUCGAUGUUUAUUUGACAACACUGCGAUGAUGCAAAUAGAUGAAUAAAUGAAUAAUAAACAAAGAGAGAGUUGUGACUUACAAUACGAAUUACUGAGAGCAACGCUACAAGAUGGCGACGAGGAUUUGGACUCUACAAAAUCCUGGCUGAUUUUGGUGUCUGACAGCUGUCUAUUCAUGGCCAUUUUCUUUGAAGAAAAAUAAAAAUGGAAAUAAGACGCCCUCCUAACAAUGCCCUCAGGAAGGUCAUAGAACCAGCAACAUAAAUAAAACACCGAAAUCGA